AAAAAAAAAAAAAAAAAAAAAAAGCGAUGUGAAUUCAGUUUUAAAACAUAACGCAUGUAUAUUAUUUAAAAUAUCUCUUAUUUCACCUCCAUUAUCUAUUUACAUGAAACCGUUAUUACUUCUUAAUAUCUCGUUAUUCACAUUGUUCAAUAUUCGUUUCGAGUAAAUAAAGUAAACUGAACUAUUUAAAAAUUGAAAGUACAUUGAAUUCGUUUUUCUAUUGGAAGCACGGAAUAAAGAAAAGUGUACAAAUAUCAUGAUUAGUGAACUAAUAUUUAUCUACAAGUAUUCUUAUCAAUGAAUCAGAAAUUUGUUUAAAGACAUAAAUGGAAGAAAACAGAUAUGAAAAGAAAGUAAAACUACAUGUAUGUUGUUUUUGCAUAUUCUCGUUAUAUAGCAACAGAUCAGAAAGGGAUCAACUGUUCCAUAACCCUCGUCUUCAAAUCAAACACUCCUAAAUUAAUAUAACACUUUUUGUUGGACAAACUGAUUGUCAAUCUUUCCGAUUUUAUUAUAUAAUGAUGAAUCUAUUUCUCACGUCCCAUAUUGGUUUGUUUGAUGAACUGGAACGGUUUUAAUCUGUAAUUAAUACAAUUCAAAUGUUUCCCAAUGUUUAUACUUUUUAUUCAAAUUUAAUUUCACAUAACCACAGCAAACGCAUUGACAAACGAGAUUCACGUAACAGUAAUAUCUACAAACAUCCACGGCUGAACGUCAUUGGUUAGACAUUAAUGACGGAAGUGUAUCGUCACGCCUGAUCGAUUUGCACGUGAAAUCCCCUUCCACUACCGUAUGUAAGCUCAUCAAUCUGUCAUACACUUUAGAUGCUCCUCUGUCAUUGUGCUAAUUCUAUAAUCAUCAUUUCAGCAGACACGACUUAGAUCUACGUUUUCUACUAGUUUACAAACUUUGAUUUAUUUUAUAAGAUUGCUUUAAGAAAUCAUAUACAAAGUGAACUGAAUUCUCAUAAGACUGUGAUAAAUAAGUUACUAUGGAAAUCCUAUUCUUGUUGUCCGCGUUCUGUUUUUCUUUUGUGGAACCACAGCUCUUCAGAACAAUUCGUGUUGUGCCAGUGCCUUUUCAGCCUUCCCGGUUCUUCAGAGAUCCAAUGAUGUUCCGUUCUGCAAGAUCUCGGUGGUCAUGGCAACGCUGCUUUGAUUAUCCCUGGAUACCUAGAUGCCAGCGACUCUUCAGAAGAAUGCACGAACGCCGGCUCCAAAUGAACACAAAUCAGUUCCAUCCGUUUGAGACAAAUACAAAUCAUCAGCCUUUUCAGCCGAACAUAAGGCGGCCACCUCCUCCAAAUUUCAGAUUUAGGGGGCAAACUUCUCCUGGAAACGUUAGAUUACCAACUCCUAGAUUUCCUGGAGCAGUUCCGGAUCUGUCCCGGAUCCAGCCAGUCUGUAAUAUUCCGUGUGCUCCAGGGUUAAGACUUGUAGCUGGAGAGUGCCAAGAUAUAGGACUAGAUUCUUUAUGCAAUCCCGUCUGCCCAAAUGGUUACAUAUGUCAUCAUGGACACUGUGAUUAUGCCCCAUGUAAUCCAGCCUGCUCUGAUGGCUUAACAUGUCGUGAUGGAAAAUGUCUUGAUGUCGGUCGCUGUGAGCCUGCUUGCUGCCCAGGACAAAUAUGUCAUCGAGGAAGUUGUCUAGCAGAAAAUGCAGUUCCCCAAGCGCCUCCUGAGCCCGUAUGCAAUCCACCAUGUCCACCAGGGUUCAUCUGUCAUUCUGAUUCUAAUGGUGGACACUGUGAUGAAAUAACGAAUAACACAAACAGCUGCCCCCUCCCGUGUGUUCCGCCGGAAGUGUGCCACAAUGGACAUUGCGAACUUGAUGACCACACCCUGACACAUCUUACGAGACCUGAUUUAGACCACACACAUGAUCAUUCAGAUCCAUCGUCAAGUGGCCACGCAAUACCAAGACAGACCACUAACACAGGGCAUCAUGAUCAUAAUCAUGAGGGUCAUGCAGAUGACCAUGGACAUCAUCACGGCAGACAUUGGGAGCAGGCGAUAAGCAUUCCCGGGAGGCAGACGACCGACUUCUUAAGCGGGUCCAGACGUACGACUCCGGGUGCGUUUGGAUCUCCACAGCAACCCCGAAAUGGAGGGUUUAAUACACAAGAUACAACUGGAAAUAAUGACAUGGAUAUUCAUGCGAGAAUUGCUAGUGAGUUUAGGCGAUCCAAUACACCCGACAAUCAGUUAGGAAUUGAUUUGAGACCGAUCCAGUUUCAAGACCCUGUCACAGGACGGGCGGUAAACCUUAAUCCUUGAACUAAGAAUAAUUUUGACACGGGGUUGAUGAACAGAAUUUUUUCUGUAUCAUUAACUGCAAAACAAAUACAAAUUUUGGUCAGAGUCGCAUGAAAUCCAACAUACACCCUUAAUUUCUUUUCCUCAUACAGACUGGGUUACCUACUUGUAUCAAUAUUUCAUAAUGAAAUGGAGUAAAAGUUAAUGUUGGUUCGGAGCUUCUGUCUAAUCAAUUCAGCACUUCGACGAAUGAUUGCAAUCAGAGAGUAUAUCAACCUAUUUGUGGCAUCAAGGGCGCGUGAGAUUGAUGAUCGGCAUCAAUCUUUUUGAAGAAAGCGUGAAAAUAAAAUAGAUGCCUUUUUUGAUUGACUGGAAUGAUGUGAACAUAGGUGUCAAAACGUUUUUUUUUUUUUUUUUUUUUUUUUUUUUUUUUUUUACAAUUACUGUUCCAUUAUAUAGUCGUGUAUGGCUCACAUAAAUGUGAAAACGUCAUCUUUAACUGAUUAUAUACAAGUACAUAGUAGAUGUUGAAAGCACCAUGUAUCACGUAUCAUCAUACCUACAUUCUCAUUCAUAUGUUUUAUAUCCUAUGAUUUUUAUAAGUUAUAUUUACAGUGAAUAAAAGCAAUAUGAAUCCGUA